UGCUAUGUGGAUAUUUGUUAGCAAUGACUGAUGUGGAAUCUACAUAUGCAGACUUUAUUGCUUCAGGAAGGACAGGUAGAAGAAAUGCGUUACAUGACAUACUUGUGUCCUCUCCGGGUGGGAACUCUAGUGAACUAGCCUUAAAGUUAUCAGAGCUUGAUAUAAACAAAGCAGAAGGCGAAGGAGAUGCACAACGAAAUCCAAGCGAGCAAACCGGGGAGGCCCAAGGGGAGGCAGCAAAGCAAGAAAGCUGACAUCUGACUUUGACCGACUGGAGCAGCUGCUGGAUGCUUUCAGACUACAAGAGCGUGCUGGAACAAAUUUGUUUCCAUGAGCAAGCUGGUGGAAAAGAAAGUGCAUGUGUCUUCACUGCUGGAACCCACUCAACACAAUGCUAAAAACAGGGGUACAAGCUGUGGCAGAAGACAGAAUUUUCUCUACCUCUGUCAUUAGCAAUGGUUGAACAUGUAUUGAUUUUUUUGGGGUAGCGUCAUCAGAUGGAUCCCUUCAUAAUGACUACUUGAUGGGAACACUUUUAGAAAGUAGAACAGGUAAAUCUUGUAGCAAAUGGCCUUUGAAAUGUCAGAGGAUCUAAUUGUGUAUCUUAAGCAAAGGCUUGUGUGAUCCUCAGAAUUUAAAAUUCUCUGGCCAAAGUGUUCACCCAUUAAAAGAACUGUAAAGAAAGCACUGUUUUUAGAACUUCGCAUCUGUUUUACAGCUCUGUUAUUUACAAUGGUUUUUGUAUUGUAUGACUUAGAUGCUCCACACUGCCCCUUCUCAACUGCUUAUGAAGAAUAUUUCUGUUACUGUGAAUUUUUCUACCACGCGUUUUGAAAGGGCUGUUUUUUUGCAUAAUGUGGUGAUGUGCACAUGAUAGAUUUAAAACGUCAACCGCUAAAUUGAUUAUGCCUAAACCUAAAUGACUCAGCAACACUCUAAUUUGUUACUAGGUGAGCCUUCAAAACGAUUUGUUAAUGUGAAUACUUCAGUGUGUUUUGUGUCCUUGAUACAGUUUUGCCACUUGCCUGUAGUUAGUUGCAUAUCAGAGACUCAAAUUGAAUCUUUUACGUUAUUCUUCCCCAUUUUUCUAAUUUUACUCCCAAUUUCUUAAUCUUUUGCCAAAAUAUUUUUUUAAAAUGUUAGUCCAAGUAUUUUAUUGUUAUGGUAGUUU